AUGUCUCACGAGUCAUUCCAUACAAAAAAUUUUAUAGAGCAAGCAACUUUACUCAUUCAGAAUGGGUACCCGAGAAGCCUUGUUAGUAGAAUUUUUCACACUUCUACUCCUAUGGUGACUCCUAGUUCUCCACCUGACUCGGAUGGUGCUGAUAAAAAGUACAAUAAACUUAUUUAUAUACCGGGAUUAAGCCAGAGGUUGAUAAAAGUUAUGAGGAAUUCGUCAUCAAUUAUCGUCUCAUAUUAUAAUAAGACCGUCAGAAAACUAUUUUCCCAACUUAAGGACAGGGAUCCGGAUUACAGGCAAUCGGGUUUGGUUUACAGAGUCAAUUGUAAAGAUUGUACAGGUACAUAUAUCGGACAAACUAGACAGUAUUUUGGUACCAGGAUUAAACAACAUCAAUCAGAUUGCAUGAAACAAUCCAACACAACUGCGCUUGCACAGCAUGCCAUGUCUGAGGGACAUCAGUUUGAUUUUGAUGACGCGAAAAUUCUGACCAGGGAGAACAAUUGGUUCAAACGUAAUUUCAAAGAGAUGCUCUUCAUCAAGAGACACCCGAAUUCAAUCAAUGCGCGGUCUGAUAUAGGUUCACUGAACAUCGUAUAUUCGAACCUGAUUAAAGAAAUAAAAUUAUAA